AUGAACCAGACUUGCCACUUGCUCCUGGCAUUUCGUGAUGCAGAGGACUUGGAGGUUGAAGCGCCAAGUCCCGAUGUCUUCAACUUCGGCGGAGACCUGAAGGUGUUUGCUCACCACUGCCCGCGGCGUUUAUCGGGGCCAAGCGCUGAAGCCUUGGGUGUCGGGGAAGCGGCAACUUGCAGGGUCCGACAGCAGGUCUGGAUUGGAUGGUGCGGAUGCUAUGGUUCCUCCUCAAAGCUCGCUCCGAGCUUUGAGGGCCACGACUGGCGAGCAGGGAGGAUCGAGAAGGUGAUCAAUGCUUCACAUGCUGUGGUGAGUUUAUGGACGGAUGAGAGGUUUGUGCUUCCAGCCUGGCAGCUUUUGCCAGCCAGCGGCAGUGAGUUUGACGACUUGGACAGCUCGGUUCAGCGUUGUGCAAGUUUCGAACUUGGGACGGAGAAGAGACACGGCCGC